GCGCGCGCCUGAGUCUCUAUAUUAAUCCGUUAAAGCACCGCUGUCCGUUCAGCACCACUGAGUGUGUGAAGAGAGUUAAAGCUCUGAGAGUCGGAAUUUAACGGCAGAAAGCUCUGGAAAUCGCUCUUCAUUUGGACAGCUGCUUGUUUUUGAGUGAUAUUUUGUUAAAGUGACAGUUUGACGCGUCCGUAAGAAGGACUCCAACAGUUUGUUUUACAUAAUCACUGACUGUGUGAAGAGAGCAGAAGUGCGCGUACUCGCUUUUUACUGGGAAAAGCUUUAUUGGGUUUCAAGGCCAAUUACAGCAAAUCUCUGUUGUUUCGGUCUUACACUUGUUUUUUUUGAGUGAUUUCUAUUAGCGUGUCGUGGAGCUCUAACGGUUUUUAUUAUUAUUUAAAUAACACACAUUUUCGAAGACCUGUUUCUAUUGUGGAAUUUCGUUCUUUCGACACUAAGUGUCAUUUUUAGUCCAACUAACUGAACUGGCACUCGUUUUAUGCGUUUUGAAGAGAGAAACGGUCGUAAUGAGAGUUCUCUUCGUGGCACUGCUGUUUGUAUACGCGUCAGGGAGCGGGAAAGUGGCUGGCGCGAGUGGCGCGAAAGGAAACCGCUUCGUGUGCACGGCUGUGCCCGCGGGCACCGACCUCAGUUGCCCGGUGGAAGCGACCAACCGGGUCCAAAGCACUAGUCCGCAGGAGGAAGAGUUACGGAAUACUAUCAUCCAGCUUCGAGAGACCAUCCUGCAGCAGAAGGAAACUAUCGUCAGUCAGCAGGGCACCAUCAAAGAGCUCAACUCCAAACUCGCGCGCUGCGAGGCUGAAGCCAAGACCCGAGGCAGCGCGCGCAGGAAGGAUUAUAGUAAAAACACGAUGGGCGAUCUGCCGCGUGACCCCACCGAGACUGUGGAGCAGCUGGGAAAGACCAUGCAGAGCCUGAAAGACCGACUGGAGAACCUGGAGCAGCUGCGUACCAACACAUCAGGUGGAGCAUUUCCCAGUGAGCUGAGAGACCUGCUGAAGCGGCGUCUGAGUGACCUGGAGAGCCAGCUGCUGACCAGAGUGGCCGAACUCGAGGAGGAAAAGAGCCAGCUGUACAACGAGACAACCGCUCACCGCCAGCGCACAGAGAACACCCUCAACUCACUGCUGGAGAGGAUCACCGAGCUGGAGAAAAGUAACAAUGCAUUCAAAUCUCCAGAGGACUUUAAGGUGUCUCUGCCGCUGCGCACCAACUAUCUGUACGGCCGCAUAAAGAAGAGUCUGCCAGAGAUGUACGCCUUCACUGUGUGCAUGUGGCUCAAGUCCAGUGCCAGUCCUGGAAUCGGAACCCCGUUCUCUUACGGUGUCCCGGGACAAGCCAAUGAGAUUGUGCUGAUAGAGUGGGGAAACAGCCCCAUGGAGCUCCUCGUCAAUGAUAAGGUCGCUCAGCUUCCCCUCUCCGUGAGUGACGGGCGCUGGCAUCACAUCUGCAUCACCUGGACAACCAGAGAUGGCUUCUGGGAGGCCUAUCAGGAUGGAGAGAGACUAGGGACCGGAGAGAACUUGGCCCCCUGGCACCCAAUUAAACCUGGAGGAGUCAUUAUCCUGGGCCAAGAACAGGACAUCGUAGGUGGGAGAUUUGACGCCACUCAAGCUUUCGUAGGAGAGUUAAGCCACUUCAACAUGUGGGACAGAGUCCUGCGUCCUAUAGACAUCUCUGCUAUGGCCAACUGCUCCGCCUACAUGCCUGGCAACGUGGUGCCGUGGGUCGAUGGCAACGUGGAGGUAUUUGGCGGUGCCACAAAAGCAGCAUUGGAGAUUUGUGAAGACCGACUCUUUGAUUCCUAAGGACACGUCAGUCAGUUUGGAAGCGUUCUCGUUAUAGAGGUAACACGCAUCUCAAUAUUGCUCUGGCAACUUGCAGAGAGACAAAGACAGAAACACAUGUUUACAUAUUUUCACAUAAUGGAUUAUUUCGUCCUUUAUUCUGCUUUAUGUUUGUUGAGACUUUGCUAUCUGACUGACCAAUAACUAAAAUGACUGUGAUUAAUAAAAAAUAAAUAAAUAAAAAAUAAAAAUCAGUCUGCACAUUCAAGGUCAGAAUAGAGUAUUUGUGACUCUAGCUGAAGCAAAACUUUCUUGUUGAUAUUAUAUAUAUAUGCUUUUCUCUGUGUUGCGUCCUUCAAAAAAAAUUCUCUCCACAAACUCAUGGGUAUUUUCAGAUCUCAGUAAAAGAUGGAUUUUUGCUUUGAGCUUUUAUGUUGUGUAUAUGUUGGUGCCCUUCAAAUACUGAGGGAAAAAAAAAAAUUAAACUGCAUAGUUUUAUCAUGAGCUUUAUGAAACAUGAAUGAAGGAGCUAGUCUGUGACUUUUUCCAUACGGGGAGGUAUUCAGACGGAAGUGUCUUUAUGUCUGUGAUCCAGAGAUUAGUUGAGGGAACAUUCACAUUUUUUUAAAAUCUUUUGCCAUCUUGAGCAGAUCUGCCAUCCAGAAACCUUAAAGUAGCAAAGCUGCCGAGGUCUGACCCACAGCUCUCAGAAGCCCCCCGGGGGAAGGUCUGGCUGCGGGACAGGGUGGUCUGGCUGAAGGGCUUCACCGUAUGAAGCUUGUUUGAUUUCAUUCAGUUUAUGAAUUCCAAAUGUAAAAAUGUGGUGUCUGUGAAAUGUUUAUGAAGGAUUUUGACAUGUGCAGAACAUGGCGUUAUGAGAUUAACUAUGAGCACUAUAAGGGGAAUGUGUGUUAUACUUUUUUAAUAAUGUUACUUAUGUGUCAGGGUUUUUUUAACUACCUGUUUAGACCCAUGCACAAAGCACUGGGGAAAAAUGAGACUAUUUUCUGUGAAGAUUAAACAGAAAUACUGACUAAUGAGGUUGACAGCGCUUGCACUUGUUUAAAGCGCAUGAAUGUCGAGAAGUUUGAUUUAUCUGACAGUCUGAUGCUGCAAAUGGGUGUAUCUCACGAAACCUGUCAAAAACAUGCCCAGGCCAUCUUUCCUUCUGAAAUCAAAAGAACAAAAAAUUAGAAAUUACAUUUUGCAUAAGAAAGUUAAGCCUGUUUCUUUAAAUUUUAUUAAGCACAUUUUUUGCAUUGUAAAAUUAUUUUCAUAACAAUUAAGCAUUUCCAUAUAUAUAUAUAUAUAUAUACACACACACAAGGCAUUGUUAGCGGACACACAAUGAAGACAAAGAAGUUCACGUGAUAGUGCCGCAAUAGAUAAAAGUUGUCCAGUGUUCACACUGGACGUGACAAAGUGACAGUUAAAAGUAGCGCGAACACUUGAAGUAUAUCAGAAAUAGAACAGAACACAAGUUUACUGUUGGGAAUUUCUCGUUACAUGUCGCACCGUAUUCAGUCUAGACAGCAUCACUGAUUAUACUGGGUUCUGUUUGCUUUUGUCGCAUCGCACCGCACCGCACCAUUUGUGUCUAGUGUAGAAAAGACAUGGUGUAAGUUUUUAUUUAUUAACCAAGAGCAGAAACAAAGGACCACACUAUGUGUAAAUGAUAACUGACAAGGGACUGAAGUAAACUGUGGGUAUGAUGCUGCCUUGCACAUGCUCUCGGAAUUAUCGUAAAUACGAGUUUCCUAGGUAAAAAUUGCACAUAAAUGCCCUCCCAUUUCAAAACUUGAAUGCGAUGAGCUCGUAAUCACGACUUCUUAAGUGGGAAUUAUCAAAUUUCUGAUAGCACGUGAAGGCAGCAUAAAUACACAGGGCAAACAAAGGAACUAAACUAGACACAGGUGACAGCAAUACGUAAUUAUAGAAACAAACAAGGACAUAUUUUGCGUUUACACCAUGUCAUAAUUACAAGAUCACCACAUGUGAUGUUCUACUCAAAGCUGUUCAUGUCCUCAGACUGGGGAGUCCGAAAUCACAUACUCUCGAGUAGGUACUUAUUUUGAAUAACAGGGUUUUUUCCUGGAUCAAAACGAGGCAGAGGUGGUUAAAUCUUUAAUCUCUCUAGGGGGUUCCGGGGGCAUUCCAUUUGUACAUUUUAAAGAUAAAUUCAUUAAUCUGGUGCACUUUGAGAGUUUAAAAUAAAGAGCUCCAACCCAUGUUCAGUGUCCAAAUUGAACAAAGAAAAAGUCUGUGGCCAGCCGCCCAAUGAUAUUCUCUGAUUUAGAGAUCUGCACCUGAUCAUCACAUUUGCAAAAUUACAUUUCCUUUACUCCCUUCAAACUUAAAUUGUCACAGUUUCAUUACAUCAUUGUUGGAAAACACUCUUAUCAGAAUAAUUUCUGUUAGUUUAGCUUAUUUUCAGUUAAGGGUGUUAAGUUAUAAAGCAAUAUCUCAUGUAGGGUUUUUCCUUUGUGUUUUAUUUAAUGACCACUAGGAGGUGCUCUAGGCACAUGUUUUCCCUGAAGAGAAAUACGUUCAGUUGAAAACGAAAGUAAAAGAGUGACGCACAUUCGUUGUCUUUAUUAAAAUCAACACAUUAAUAAUUUAUCUCUCAUCCACCUGCAAUUAAUUGGAAUGUUAUUUUUUAUUACUUGGCCCGCCUGACCCUCAGACUAUCCGCAGUAUCCACGGAUAUAACCGCGAUCUGCGCCUCACUAUCGAACAGUUCGAGAAUGGGCAGGGAACCCUCAACAGAAACAGAACCGUGUUGGUGGAAAAGGGGUAUCUAAGCAUGUGACUGCCUGAGUUUUGUUGACAGCCGGAGGCGGCACGAAAUUUGACGGAGGCGGCCGCCUCGUAAUUCUCUAUGCAGGAAAAACACUGAAUAAGUAAUUACUUUGUUCUAUAUAGUAUGAAUGAGUGUAGUAUGAAUGUAAGCAUACUACAUCCGCCAUGCUGUCAUUAUCAUGUGACCUACCAGCGUCAGUUUACUGCCCUUCAUAAAUCCUCUCCCGUGGCCUCAUGGGAUAGUAAAGUUUCCAUCGUAUGCACACUUCAGAAUCUUGCCGGAAAUAGUAGGUCAUCCGGGUACUUUUUGCCUACUCUUUUAUGAGUAGUGUGAAUUCAGACACUCCUUUUUUGCCUAGUAUAUAGUACACAAGUUUGCGAUUUUGGAUGCAGCCUGGGAAUUAUAAGUGUGUUCGGCUUAAUGCUGCACUGCGCAGACCAAUCAGCAUCUGACUUAAGUACCACGAGAGCCAUUCAAGAGAAGAUGGCUGGCUCAUUCUGCGCAGCUUCUCCAGAGCGGCUGCACAAGCUCUGAUGACGACACAGCUGCUUCACGAUUGGUCGGAUCCACCGAUGACAACAAUCUUGUGUGUUUCAUGUUUAUUCUGACACCUUCAAGUAGGAGCUCUCAGAAAAUUCCCAGUUUACAAGCUGUAAUUACGAGGACGUGAAUCCUUUUUACAAUUUGGAAUCUCAUAAUGGCAUGAAUAUGGCUAGAAGGCAGUAUAAUCAGUAACCAAGGAAACCAAAACUAAACAGAGCGAAGAAACAGGAACUAAAGAAUAUAUAUAUAUGAAGUGUUUGUUAGCACUGGUAGUAUUUGUUUAAUUCAUUUAUGUACUUUGAGUAAAAGUAAUUUUAAAGACAUUUUCUUGAAAUAAAAACAGUAUUCAAAUAAUUCCAAUAAAGAGAGUCACCCUUGAUAAUGAGAAUUACAAAAAAAAAAAAUAAUCAAAAGUAAAAUGUCUGAAAAUGGAAAAUGUGCUUAAUAUAAAAAAUAAUGACACCCAAAAAAAAGAAGGAGAAGGGAAAAAAAGUAAAGGUCCUGUUAUGACCUGGAUAUGUUUUCGUGAGAUUCUUUACUGAUUUUAUUUGUGCUUGAUCUAUUAAUGACGACUUCUUCAAAUUGUACAUUUGUGUUGAAGUAGAGCAGUGCAAUAGAUAUGGGACACUUUAUGUAAAUGUGGUCCUCUGUAUCUUUUCUGUGUUUUCACAUCCAAAUGCACCGCUGGGCCUGUCGGUCUCACUCCGUCUCGCUGUGUUACGUGGAUGUUUUCAUUUCAUCUUUCAACUUGUUGUGCACAAAGGCCAGAUCAAAGCCUGCGAAAUUCACCGUGGUGCAGCGUUCUUACACAAUAGACACUAAUAAUGCAUUAGUGUGUUUCCCUUGUUGACACGUGUUUGUAUUUGGGCUACAAGAGCUCUACUGCUCUACUGAAAUGCACUGGAAUGAUAUAAAACACGUUUGAAUACUCAGUUUCUUUCAUUUGAAUGUAAUCUACUGCUAUUUUGUGUCAUAAAUGUACCUAGAGAAACAAAAAUCUCUUAUGUAAAUGAAUUUUGAGCUGUUAUGCUGCCUUCAGGUCCUGAUGAAGUCAUCAUAUGCUGAGUGAUGUAUGCGUGCGAUGACAUAAUGAUGUCGCAAUGGGAACCUCCUAAUUUUCAGUGAGUGUAAAUUAAAGAAUCAUGGUGGAAGCUAAUUGAUGUUGGCCAUGAUGAGUAAUUGGAAAUGUUGACUGCACUGCAUGUGCAUAAUUUUGUUGAUGAAGAAUAGCGACAAAGUUUGGGAGAUGUAUUCCCAUCUGAUGCUAAAUUCCCAUCAUUCUCUGUGGCAGCACAGGAGUGAACAGAUGAAGCAUCAAUUAGACACCUAAUGUGCAUCAUUUGCUCUUCAUUAGCUUCCUGUCUUUAUCGGGAAUUGAAAAAGAGAAAGAAACUUCAAAUUGUCUAAUGCGUACAUGUUAUUCUGACCAAUUACCAAACACACGAUGAAACGUCCCAGGAGGACUUGAAGGCAGCAUUAGGGCAAAAUGAUUGUUUAUAACCUGAUCUGAUUUUGUUUCAGAAUGUAACAUGAUAUUUUUGUCCAAAAAUGAAUGGCCUUUUCUGAGCACCAAUUGUGCUUUCUGGGUUUUUCAAGGAUUCAACACCUAAUGUAAGACCAUGGUGUGGAAUGGUAGAAGCGAGGAAAAUAACAUCCGAAAAAAAAUGGGUUUAAUGUGAAAUCUCUCUUUCCUCGCAUACAGAGCAACCUUGGUUUGUUGUUCAGCAUGGAGGAACAGUUGAAUGUCCUUUUUCACCCAAUAAAUGAUUCUGAAAACCACACAUCAAA